AUGCCGGUUCAAUACAAGUUCCGUGGUGAGAAGGCUUUCCGAAGCCUGCUGAAUCUGACAACGCCAUGCACGCUUCAGCGAGUCAAGAGCGCCAUUUACGAGCAGGCGCGCAUCAGCGACACCACCACAGACUUAGACCUGGAUGACAACUCCACUGGAGCAAAGCUGGAUCCGAAGGUGCUGCUCGCCGAGGGCCGACUUGUACAGGUGCUGGUCCGCCGCACGCCUAAAGCUGAUGGGCAGCUUUCGGGUUCCCUCGGUGUCGACGUCGGGGGCCUCAGCGACGAUGACGACCUGGCAAUGGAUCGCGUGGUGCAGCAGCAUGAUGUGUCUGGCCUGGCCGGCCUGUCGUCCUCUGGAGCUCCGUCCCAUCGCUUCAACCGUUCGUAUAAUGCGGCAGCAAGCAGUGAUCGCAAACAGUUCGGCUACGAUGCUUCGGAUGAGGAGGAGGAAGAGCCGCCGGAACCUCCACCUGAGGGCUACGUUUGCCACAGGUGCGGAUUGACGGGAUCCCACUGGGCAUGGGAAUGUCCAACAAACGAGGAUCCCGAGCAUGUUAAGAAAGUCCGCCCUGCCAAGGGCAUUCCACGGAAGUGGCUUCGGAAGGUGAGUAUGGAGGAAGCACAAGAGAAGAGCGCAGGGGGAGUCACGCUCGUGGUCCCUGGGUACAGCGGCCACUAUAUCUACGACCACGAAGCUUCGGCCGAGGAAAAGAAGCGGAUCUUGGGCGACACAGUGCAGGAGAAGGUCACUGUGGCAUUCACACAAGGCGCGCGACGCGUGGAGGAGUCGCUCAAGUGCCCCUUGUGCCACCAGAUGUUUCGGCAGGCUGUGUUGGCGCCCUGUUGUGGAGCGACUUUUUGUAGCGACUGUGCCAUUGACAGAUUGGCACACUCCGCUGCGGACAGCAGCAACUGCCCGGGUUGUGGCCACGAGGUUCUCGUUCACCAGCUCAUACCCAACGAGGACAUUCGAAGACAAGUUGAGCAGGUGACCAAGGCGUCCAAAGCUACCGCGCUGGCAGCGCAGAAAGAACCCCAGAAGCCACAGAGUGGCUUCUCUUUGACGGCUGCACUGAAGGAGUUGACAGGGAGUUGUCCGAAUGAGAUGAUUUGA